AUGGAUUUCCAUUUCCGCCCAUCCCUUGUCUCGGCCACCGUUCCAAGCCCGCCCGCAACACCCCCUCCCUUACCUCCCACUGCUCCUAUAAGCCCUCCCCCGCUUCCCCCGGCCACCUCUGCUGCCACUGAACCAGGCCUGUUUUCUAGGCUCGGCCCGUGGCUGCAGCAGUGGUUCGGGGAGCCAGCAGCCACGGCACCAGCAGCACAGGGAGCUCUGGGGACUGCUGGAAUGGGGGCGAGGGGGGGUUGGGGCGGUCAGGUGUCGAGAUAUAGGGCUGGUGAGAUGGGGGGUGAGCGGAGGGGAGAAGGGGGAGGAGGUGGUGGUGGUGGGGCGAUGGGCGAGUUGGGAGUGAGGGGGAUGAAGGGCGGUUGGGGCGGUGAGGUGUUGAGACAUGGGGCAGGCGAGAUGGGGGGUGAGCGGGGAAGAGGAGGAGGAGGAGGUGGGAGGGGCGAGUUGGGAGUGGGAGGGAGAGCGUGGGAGGGCAAGAGCAUGGGGGAGAGGGUAUGGGAGGGGAGCGAUGGCACAGGGGAGAGGGCACCGGAGGGUGGUGAGGGCAUGGGGAAGAGGGUAUGGGAGGGUGGCGAGGGCAUGGGGGUGGUUACUCUAGAUCUGCAUGGCUUGUCCGCAAUGCAGAGUAGACUCCGCCUCAUGGAUGCCCUCCUCCCUCCCUCACUCCCUCCCUCACUCCCUCCCUCACUCCCUCCCUCACUCCCUCCCUCACUCCCUCCCUCGCUCCCUCACUCACUCCCUAACCCGCACCUGCACUCACACCCUCACUCGCCCUCUCCUUCGCACACUCGCUUGGCAGCUCCCACGGGGUCCUCACCAGCCCGAGGGUGUGAGAGUACACCCCUCUCCUCUCUCGCUCGUUUCACAGAAACUGAAGCAUCUCAGAAGCACCCUGCCCCAGGUGCACCUCUGAAGAAGCCAGUGUUUGUGCAUCGAUCCACCCUGACAGCAGCAUCGGAGGCAGCAGCGGCGGCGGCGGCGGCGGCGGCAGCAGCAGCAGCCGUGGCUCAAGGUGGUGAUGGCAGUCCCUCACAGCACAGCAGGGGACUGGUCAUUAUCACAGGAGCUGGCAGGGUGCCACAUACAGAUUAG